CUUUUGUCUUCAUUCUCUCCUUCAUGAUUAUUAACCCAAACACAGACUGGGUGCUUUCUCAAGAUGGAACUCACCACUUUUAUUCAAAACCAUUAGAAACCCCUGCAAACGAUGAUCGACAAUAUAGAUUAGUACGUCUUGCUAAUCAAUUAGAAGUACUCCUUAUCAGUGAUCCUGAAACUGAUCGUGCUAGUGCUGCUUUAGAUGUCCAUGUUGGAAAUCUUUCUGAUCCUGAUAAUUUACAAGGACUGGCUCAUUUUUGUGAACACUUACUCUUCAUGGGAACUGAAAAAUAUCCAAAAGAAAAUGAUUAUUAUUCUUAUUUAUCUGAACACUCUGGUUACGCAAAUGCAUGGACUGGUGCAGAAAACACGAAUUAUUACUUUGAAGUUGGUCAUCAAUGGUUAGAAGGUGCUUUGGAUAGAUUUGCCCAUUUUUUUAUUGAUCCUUUAUUUUCGGAUUCGUGUACUGAUAGAGAAUUAAGGGCAGUGGACUCUGAACACAAAAAGAAUUUACAAUCUGAUUCAUGGAGAGUAUCUCAAGUUGAAAAAUCAUUAAGUAAUCCCAAUCACCCUUGGCACAAGUUUCAAACCGGCAAUUUGGAAACCUUGAUGGAAACUCCAAAACGAUUAGGUUUGAAUGUACGCGAAGAAUUAUUACGAUUCCACAAUAAUUAUUAUUCUGCCAAUAUCAUGAGACUUUGUAUACUUGGAAAAGAAUCUUUGGAUCAACUUACACAAUGGGCAGUAGAAAAAUUUUCUGAUGUACGUGAUAAGAAUAUCAAGGUUCCAACAUAUCCUGGACAUCCCUUGGGUCAAAAUGAAUUAUUGAAACAAAUCCUUGUUAAAUCUGUAAAACACACUCGUCUAUUGGAAAUCACAUUUCCUUUCCCAGAUCAAUCUCCAUAUUAUGAAACUCAGCCUGCUAAUUAUUUAUCACAUCUCAUUGGACACGAAGGCACUGGAUCUAUACUCUCUUAUCUCAAGAAAAAAGGUUGGGCUACCUUUUUGAGUUCUGGUUGCUACGAUGCUGGUGAAGGCUUUUCAUUUUAUCAUGCUAGUGUGGAUCUUACGGAACAAGGAUUAGAACACUAUGAAGAUGUUGUGAUUGCUUUCUUUCAAUAUGUUGACAUGCUUAAGAAAAAUGGUACUAAGAAAUGGAUCUUUGAUGAAGUACAAUCUCUUAGCGCCAUUGAAUUCAAGUUUUCUGAAAAAUCCUCUCCUUCUCAGUAUACCUCUUGGUUAACUCAGUGUAUGCAAGCUGAAUAUCCACCGCAUAUGACAAUCAGUGGUUCUAGUCUUUUACGCACUUAUGAUCCAAAACUGAUUGACGAACAUUUGAAUUUACUGAAUAUACACAAUUUCCGAUUGACACUAUCAAGUCAGGAUUUCCCCAAAGGUAUCAAGUGCACCAAGAUUGAACGUUGGUAUAAGACUGAAUAUGAAGUUCUCCCUAUCUCAGAUGAUUUGAUACUGAAACUAACCAAUUUGGAACACAAUGAUGAAUUCACUUUACCUAUAAUCAAUGAAUUUGUGCCUAGAAAACUGGAUGUGGAUAAACAAAUUGUGAAGGAAAAGCAACGAAAACCAAAUUUAAUUCAAGAAACUUCAACACUUCGACUCUGGCAUAAAAAAGACGACACUUUCUGGAUUCCAAAGACAACUAUAUCUAUUUUAUUCCGAAAUCCAUUGAUCAACGCCACUCCUCGUCAUACAGUGAUUGGAGAAUUAUAUGUGUGCAUGUUAGUGGAUUCUCUGACUGAGUAUACUUACAAUGCUGAAGUGGCUGGUCUCUCUUAUUAUCUAUACACUCCAUCCAAUGGUUUCUUGUUGGAAGUCAGUGGAUACAGUGAUAAAUUACCAUUGCUAUUGGAAAAAGUGGUACAACGAAUGAAGACAUUGCAAUUUUCUCCUGAUCGAUUUGCUGUGAUGAAAGAUCUUACUGACAGAUCCUAUCGAAACUUUUAUAUGGAUGCACCCUUUCAACACGCUGCAUACCAUAUGACCUAUGCUGUACGGGAACAGAUGUGGAAAUGUGAUGAUUUAUCUUCAGAACUCAAAGAUAUAUCUAUGGAAGAAGUGGAAUCGACCUAUAGACACUUUAUAUCUCAUCUACAUAUGGAAGUACUUGUUCAUGGUAAUCUGACAGCGGAAGAAUCGACAACUAUGAUUCGCAGUGUUGAAAAUAUUCUCCAACCUCGACCUUUGAUGGCAAGUCAAUUUAUCAGCAACAGAACGAUAAUCCUUCCUCCUGGUCACUCCUAUGUCUAUCAACUACCAGUGCAUGAUCCUGAAGAAGUAAACUCUGCUAUUGAAUUCUAUUGUCAAGUCUGCGACGUCACGGAUAUCGAACUACGAACUAGACUCAGUCUCAUGUCGCAAAUUGCUCAAGAACCAUGCUUCAAUCAACUACGUACAACUGAACAAUUGGGAUAUAUAGUGAUUAGUGGUAUUAGGCGUCAUGUGGGAAUGGUCGGUCUCAGGUUAAUUAUUCAAAGUGAACGCGACACUGUGUAUCUUGAAAACCGGGUGAUGGAAUUCUUGGAAAUUACACUACGUGAUAUCUUGGUCAAUAUGAAGGACGAUGAUUUCAAAGCUCAAGUUGACUCCCUGAUUGCUGAUAAGAAGGAGAAAUUCAACAAUAUGGGCCAAGAAGGUUCGAAAUAUUGGGCUGAUAUUGAAUCUGGUUAUUAUGAAUUCGAUGGUGUGGACAAAGAUGUGGCAGAACUGGGUAAUGUGACCAAAGAAUCUAUGGUGGCUUUCUAUGACAAGUAUAUCAAUCCAACAUCACCCGAUUUCCGCAAACUCUCAGUGCAUCUACAAUCUCAAAAGGAACCUGAAAUCAGUCAACCUAAAUUUACUUUGGAAUCAUUACAUGCAUGCUUGACAAAUCACCAUACUCAAUUACUACAGCAACAACGGGACACCAGUGGAGGCAAUAUCAACAGCCCAACUAUGACAUUGACAUUAGAUGAUUUGAAACGAACGGUUGGAAAGGAUAUUCAUGCAGGUUUACCAACAGAUGUAAUUUUACGCAAGCUAUUAGUGGAUGAGUUGAAAACAAAAGAAGAAGAUGUGGAAGCAUUAUUGGCACACCUUUCCAAAACAAUGAUGAUCGAUGCUCCUUCUAUUACAACAAAUGACGAUGGCACUACUACUGGCGAUCAAACCAUUACGAAACGUCGUGACCACACCAAACUUCCUGAUGGCAAUAUUAUCAUCAAUGAUCUGAUCAAAUUCAAACACCAAAUGCCCCUAUCUCCUGCAGCCGUUCCCUUCUUUUUGUUCUCUCGUAUUUAGUAUUCCCUUUUGUUAUUUUUAUUUAUUGUUUUGAAUAUUAGUUUUGUUUGUUUGUUUUGUUUUACUAGUACAGUUUGUCCUUUAUCGUUC